AUGCAAGUAACUUUCAAAUUUAGUGAGUUACCGAACGACAUGAAAAUGUUAGCCCUAUUAGCAGGGGAAUUGCCAAAUUCUGCUAAGUAUUUUUCAACCUUUGCCAAUGUAAACAAGGAUAAUUGCAAGGAACUCAAUGGCACUUUUGGAACAAGUAAUAACACCUGGCAGCCAUGGGAGUACAAGGCUAGACUAAAGGUGGUAAAAGAAGCAGAGCAAUUCAAACUCUCAUUGACAGGAAAAACUCUGUCAGAGAAGGUGCGACGAUCAAAGAUCACCGAGUUCAUUGCACGCAAGAAAAGAAGACAAGAGUUUACACCUUUAGUGGGUAAAUUAAUUAACAGGGCUCAUGUAGAGCCGUUACACCUGAAAAACAAUGCUUGGCAACUUUUUUUCAGGGGUUUAUUGAAAGAGUCCAUUGCCAAGUCAAACCUCCCGUCAUCAUGCAAGAAAUUCACAGAUGUCCCAAAGGACAGCUGUUUUAGAAGAGAGGUAAAUGCCCUUCGGCUUGAAGUGAAAAGCAAGUGUCUUGCACGAAGAGUGACUGAGUGGUUUGAAGAAACUGAAGCAAAGGGUAGUGAUUUGCAGUAUAGGUUCACUGGGAAAGACUCAAGAUUGUUCUGCCACAAUUUCAUGCGACUAAUUAAGUUUUUGAGUUGUGAGGGUGACUCUAGAAAGCAGAGACUCACUGUUCUCGUGUAUGCUUUCAGUGGGCUUAAAUUGAGAGAUUGUGUUUCACUUCUCAAUCGUUUUGAAAUCACAAAUGAACAAAUUCAAGAACUUCCCAGAAAGUCACGGGAAUAUUUCAGAGCAAAUACCUCGUUUCUUCCCACUUCAGUUAAUCCAACGGUGUGGACUUUGGGAAACAUUGUCUCUGCCUAUUGCAAAGAGGUUUUUCAGAGAGAUGACCAAGGCCUGUGCACAGUUACAAUGGAGGGCAGAGAGCCAAAGCAUACUUUUUUAAAGAAGCUCUCUGAAAACAGUUCAUUUCAAAGGCAGUGGUAUGACAUAUUUAAACAUGAAUUUAUUAUGCCAAUUUGGCUGCCAGAGAAAGGAUUUGACAUAUUUCUGUACAAACCGAGCAAGGAUGUUUACAUCCCAAGUAGAGUUUUUGCCAAUGACAACUACUGUUACUGUAGUUAA